UUUCCACCAAAUCAGACAGACGAAGUGACAUACGCAUCGACAUCUCACAUCUCGUGUGCAUAAAAUACAUAUAGUUCAAAUAAAAGUGAGUGGUUUUGCUCUGUUUUAGCACCCUAUAUAUGUGUUAGGCCACAUUUUAUGGCUCUGGUAAGGCUCUGCAUUGCACAUAAAGUGCAGAGACAAGAGGAGAGAGAAAUUCUGGGAAGGAAAGGUUUGUGCUGUCUCUGAAACAUGCAAACAUGAUCAAUGCAAAGGCAUCCGUUUCCAAAGACAUCAAUAAUAAGAACUCUAAGGUACUAGAGGGUCUGCUUAAGCUUCCACAGAACAGGGAAUGUGCAGAUUGCAGAUCAAAAGGUCCAAGAUGGGCAAGUAUAAACCUAGGAAUAUUUAUAUGCAUGCAAUGUUCAGGAAUACAUCGGAGUCUUGGAGUACAUAUAUCACAAGUGCGGUCAAUAACGCUCGACACUUGGCUACCGGAGCAAGUUGCAUUUAUGCAGUCUAUGGGCAAUGGUAAAUCUAAUGACUUCUGGGAAGCUCAACUGCCCCAAAAUCAUGAUAGGAGUGAAAUUGAUACAUUUAUUCGUGUCAAUCUACUUCUCAGGUAUGUCGAUAAAAGAUGGGUUGCAAAGACAGCUACAAAUCCAAUUGCAAUACCAAAAGGAAGAAACCCUAGAUGCAAUAAUAAGUAUGAUGAUUGGAGUUCCAAAAAUGGCAUCCCAAAGAUACCAAAAGGAUCAUCACUAGAUGAACAGGCUUUCGAUAGUUACAUGGAAAAAUGUCCCCCUGUUGAUUUGAAGACACGUACAGCUCAAUUGAAGACAAGAUACGCCAAGCAUCGUGAAUUGAGCCGACGACAUUCUUCUAUGUGGCAGAGAGAAGGUGGCUCUCUUCGAUCGGAGAGUCGACGCCGGAAGAGGCUCUUUGGAUACGAAUAUUUGGUUAUCAUCAUGUCCUUUCGACGGACUACAUGUACCAGAUAACAUGGAUACAUCCAUGAAGAAGGCUCUUAAUUUUGGUUUGCUCCACAAUCAAGCCAAUGAGGAGGCUCCUUCUCAUGUUCCUUCUACUUGGACCACCUUUGACUGAGGGUGCUGCAACAAUCCAUGUAUUUAUUGUAGGGAUUCAUCAUUUUGCCGGUUGCCCUGGAGAUAGAUCAGACUUCUUUUACCGAACAUCAAUAUCUUAUACCGCUACUUGGACAGCUAAGAACUACACACCAAUCACUAAUAGCUACCAGCACAACUAACAGCUAAAAGCUACUACUACAGUCUACAACUAUUGUUGUCGAACACGCUCAUAAGCUAAUGUUGUGAAAUUUGAUGAUAAUUAAAAAAACAAAGAAUUGCAAGAAAGAUGUUUGUGAUGAAAAUCUUCCAAUCCCAAAUAGGAAUUAAAAACUUUUAAUCUUAGGAAAAAUUGUAAAUAAUAAUUCCACUUUUAGACCAUCUUCUCAAAUUAUGUUGAACUUUUGAUUAUUCCUAGAUGGAUUAAACUUGUUGGAGCAUUUUCUCAUAUUAAGUUUUGACUGGUUAGUAAUAUGUUUGAUAGGUUAAACAUGACAAGUGGCGCUAUAUGAUUGGUUUGUAUAUAUUUUUAUUUUUUAAUUAAUUUAAAAUAAUAAAUAUUGUAUUUUAAUUUAUUUUAUUAAUAGUAACUUUUCGGGUUUGAA